GUAGUGACGACACAUAAGAAGCAUUGAAAACUGCAUGCUCUGCCGAUGUUUCGUCUUCUUAGGACGCAUCCCGAUUUCUUGAUCUCUACAAGAGGGAAACGUGGAAGGCAUGGCUUCCUUACGUAGCGACUGCGUACCAUGGUAUACGCAACUUUAUCUCACAAAGGUUGCUCUCGUAAUUUUUGUCAUGGCGCUUCCGCUAACUGCUAACAAAAUGGACACUAAUUUGAACCAAGCCGGUUGUGGAAAAUUGGGGCCAAGGGGAAGGAUACGCAACGGCAAGCCGACCUCCAAGGAGAACAUGCCGUGGAUAGUUCAAGUUAAGGGCAUAUAUGAUCUUUCAUCGAAUGUUGCAUUGAAUUGUGGCGGGAGCAUCAUUACAAAGAACCUUAUUCUGACUGCGGCGCACUGCUUGUUUGAAAAAGGCACCUUUGCGCAAAAGGUCGUGGUGGUCUACAAAUCCAACCUGCUUAAUAAUGGUAAAGCAUUUGAAGCUGAAAAGAUGAUGCUCCACCCAAAAUUCGUAACCAAUUAUGAGCUGGUGCAUGACGUCGCACUUCUGAAACUGGCAGUGGACCUGGAAUUCAACAGACAGGUUAAACCAGUGUGCCUACCUACAGCAAAAAUGGACCUUGCAGGCAAGACUCUUGUAGUUGCCGGCUGGGGAGCAACAGAAUGCCAGACUUCGGCUGUCUCUCACCGAAUAAACACAGCUGCAAACAAGAGCAAAAUCCUUCUGCACGCAGAAGUUGUUGCUCUCACAGAUGAACAGUGCCAAGCAUUAUUACCAAGAAUUGUACAUCCCAUCACGGGGGAUCGCGCCCUGCGUCCUGGUCCCGCAAUUUGUGCUUCCGGCGAUAACCAGGGCUCCUGUGAGGGGGAUUCAGGCGGACCGCUAACGCUCACGAACGACGAUGGAAGAACACUGCAAGUCGGAAUUGUUUCGGCUGGUGUACCGUGCUAUAUACCGACUGGUAUACCGUCAGUGUACGCGCGUGUUUCCAGCCACAUCAGAUGGAUUCGAAGAGCCCUCAAAAGCCCCAGAAAGUGGACAAAGCUCGUGUAUACCCGGGCGGAAUGGAACCUCGGCCAGGCAAAAUGAGGCUCUUCGAUUGUAACAGUGUUGAAAAGUCUACUCGGAAUCGUCGGCUAAUUGGUCAGUUAUGUUGAAAAAAAAACAACGCUAACACGCCGAUAAUACAACCCCGCCCCCCCUCCCUACUCCUUGAAAAAAGAAAUAAAAAAAAAGAGGCAAUGCUGAAACCCAGUUUAUCAAUAAAGUUGCUUAUUCCAUGGAAUACAA